UUCUUGAAGCCGGAAUUUUGGAGAAACCCUAAGAAGGCAAUCAAGAGAGCAUAUAAGUCUACGGACGACUACAUUCUCCAUAACGUGGUUGGUCCACGAGGUGGCUCCACGGCUGUGACGGCUAUAGUAAUUGAUGGGAAGAAAAUUGUGGUUGCAAACGUUGGAGAUUCAAGAGCAAUCUUGUGUCGUGAAAGAGAUGUAGUCAAGCAAGUUACGGUUGAACACGAAGCUGACAAGGAGAGAGACCUUGUCGAGAGCAGAGGCGGCUUCGUUUACCAAGAACCAGGUAAUGUUCCGAGAGUGGAUGGACAACUAGCAAUGACUCGUGCGUUUGGAGACGGAAGGCUUAAAGAGCAUAUAAGUGUGACACCGAAUGUAGAGAUUGUCGAGGUACACGAUGACACCAAGUUCUUGAUCUUGGCUAGCGAUGGACUUUGGAAGGUGAUGUCGAAUGAAGAGGUUUGGGAUCAAAUCAAAGAGAGAGGGGAUGCAGAGGAAGCUGCCAAAAAACUAAUUGAUAAAGCCUUGGCUAGAGGAAGUACAGAUGAUAUCUCUUGUGUAAUUGUUUCUUUCCUUCAGUCCAUCGAUUAGAUAAUUUAGGUCUCUCUUAUCGUUCCUCUAAGUGAUCACAAUUUCAGCAGGUUUUUGAAAGAAAAAUAAAACAUUGUUUCAUACAAUAAUAAGUUUCAAGCUGAAUCACUUUUACAUACUUGCUGCAAAAUUGCGUUUAUUAAAAAA